UGCAUACGUAGAGCGCUCAAUGUUUUUUUGUAUUUACAGUAAAGUGCAUAACAUCUGAAAGACUGUACAGUCGCAUCUCUAAACGCCGAGUCUGUGUCUUUAAUGAAAGUGUAUCGACUGUAGAAUGAUGUCAGUCUGCGGCUAUGCGCACAGUUCAUAUAGCGUCCAUGUGAGCGUCAUUCACUUCCUGCACAAGGAUACAUUGGGGGGAGAGAGAGAGCAGCGAGAGAGAGAGAGCGCUGGGGGCGAGCAGGCAAGAUAGGAGAGCGAGCAAGCAAACGAGGUGAACUCGGGGCCUGCCUAUGCUACAGACGGAACCUGGAAACUUUACAUCGCAAGAAAUAAAGCUGUGCCCGCUACUGACAGCAACCUUUUAUGGAGGAGCGACCAUAUCGGAUGUCCCUUUCUCUGGCCUUGUCAGUGGUGACUCUCUGAAGCCUCUUCCUCCUCCUCCUCCUCCUCUUUCUCCACCACCAUGUCCCAGCUGCUCCACUUGGAGAUCCCCAACUUCGGCAGCACGGUGCUGGGCUCCCUCAAUGAGCAGCGCCUGCUCGGUCAGUACUGUGAUGUCUCCAUCCUGGUUAAAGGCCAGGCCUUCAAGGCCCACCGGGCUGUACUAGCCGCCAGCAGCCUCUACUUCCGAGACCUGUUUAGCAGCUCGUCCAAGAGCCAGUUUGAGCUGCCCUCGUCGGUGACUCCCGCCUGCUUCCAGCUGAUAUUAUCCUUCUGCUACACGGGAAAGCUGACCAUGGCAGCCAGUGAGCAGCUGGUGGUGAUGUACACCGCCGGGUAUCUUCAGAUCCAGCAUAUUGUGGAGCGGGGCAUGGACCUGAUGUUUAAGGCCAACUCGCCCCAUUGUGACUCUCAGACGGCAGCCAUGGAGGAGCAGCAACCAGGCUCAGAGCCCCAGAGCCCCAGUAACAACACACUGGCCGGGUCAGGGACGUCCAUCCUGGGGCCGCCGGGCUGGUCCCCCUCCCUGGUGCAGCCCACGCGGAGGAUCAAACUGGAGGGGUGCGAUCCGUUGCCCAGCCUGAGUCACCAUAAGAAAGGGUCCUCUUCAUCUGAGCUGGGAGGGAGGCUCUCCAAGGGAAGCUCAUUGUUCUACACGGGGGCGGGGGGAACCACCAUCUUCCCCGGGAUGCAGCCCUAUCCAGUGGCAGGGGGAGAGAGGUCCAGUCCUGGGGCCUCCAGCCUGCCUACCACGGACAGCCCAACCUCCUACCAGAAUGAGGAUGAGGAGUUUGAGGAAGAGCCGUAUGACGGGAUCACGGAAGAGGCCUACAGUCAGAUCUAUGGGCGCUCAGCCAACCCAUACGGAAUCCAGGAAAAGCCAGAGAUGGCAGCCAUGCCCCUGUCCCUGGAGAGCCGCUCCUGUGUGCUGAUCCGUAGGGACCUGGUGGCCCUGCCCGCCAGCCUCGUCAGCCAGAUCGGCUACCGCUGCCACCCCAAGCUCUACACCGAAGGAGACCCGGGGGAGAAACUGGAGCUGGUGGGAGGUACAUCUGUGUUUAUGACACGAGGCCAGCUAAUGAACUGUCACCUGUGUGCUGGCAUCAAACACAAAGUCCUACUGCGUCGCCUGCUCGCCACCUUCUUCGACAGGAACACCCUGGCUAACAGUUGUGGGACUGGCAUCCGCUCUUCCACCAGUGACCCCAGUAGGAAACCUCUGGACAGCCGCGUGCUCAACGCUGUCAAACUCUACUGUCAGAACUUUGCACCCAACUUCAAAGAGAGUGAGAUGAACGUGAUCGCCGCAGACAUGUGCACCAACGCGCGACGCGUUCGCAAACGCUGGCUGCCCAAGAUCAAGUCCAUGCUGCCUGAUGGUAUGGAGGUCUACCGGGCCGGUGUAGGGGUGGCUGCUGGUGUGGGCCUGGGCCUGGCCCUGGGAGCCGCCGGACCCGGGGUAAUGCUCCCCUUCGAAACCGAUUUUAAAUCCCUGACCCCCUCUAGCCUGUCCCUGGACCAGAGGCUGUACUCAGAGCAGAAGGACCCACGCAGGACUCACUCUCUGUUGGACACAGUCAGCCCAGGGAUGGGGGAGGCUGGAGGGGAGGGCGUGGACGCAGAAAUUGUCGGUCCCCAGGGAGGGGAGGAGGAACAGGAGGAAGAGGAGGAGGAGGAGGAGGCUGGGUUGGAGGGGGCCUUGAUGCCGGGAGGCGAGGCCGUGGGGCGGGGUGACAUGGCCCCAGGACAGGAAGGGAAGGAGUUAGGAGAGGACCUGCGAAUGAACGGGCAGUGAACAUCCUCUGGCGUCUAUCUCUGAUCCAUCCACCGCCACACUUUCUUUCACUCGCUCUUUCUCUCCUCUUCCACCCCUCCUCCUCCGCCCUUUCCUAAGGUAACCUCUCAGUACAAAAAGCCAUGCUCUCAGAACUUACAGUACAACACACACACACACGGUGUAUUCUUUAGCAGGGCAGGGAGUACAAGAUGUGCUAUGUUGAACAGACACAAGCAUUGCCGGGGAACAAACCGAAUUACUUAGCGAGAAUAAAAAAAUCUCUCAUUUGAACAUGGAAGAACUUUACUUUAGUCCUGAGACAUCAGGUAAUUUUCUCCAGUCAAUUUUUAGUAUUCAUCUUCAAGACCACAUUGUAGUUAAAACUGAAAAAAAGUAACACUAUUGUGUUAUCCUUCCUGCAUAGUUGUAGAACUUGCUACACAACAGUAACAGUUACUGUACAUCUAUGGAGUGUGGGUCAGAUAAGACUGUAAAAUGAUAGUCCUCUUUCUAGGAAAGCAAGCAUGGGUUCUAUAAAUAACCUAAGUAACCUUGAAACAGAUCACACUACACUGGGGGUGUGAGAGACUAAACAUACAGUACUCUACAGGAGCAACAUGGCUCAGUGUAUUUAAUACAAUUUACCAUAUUCCUUCUUAAAGUGCCACACAAAUUCUUGGAAGAUAUAAUAUGUUCUCGUCGCAACAUACAGCAAAUCAGUUGAACAAUUUCACGUUGGGAAAAAAAAAAUAGCAUGUGAUGUUGUGAGAGAGAGAGAGAGAGAAGAGAGAGAGAGAGAGAGAGAGAGAGAGAGAGAGAGAGAGAGAGAGAGAGAGAGAGAGAGAGAGAGAGAGAGAGAGAGAGAGAGAGAGAGAGAGAAGAAACUUUUAACCUCCCUUUGUGUUGCUUAAGGGUUGUGGUUUUCCACGCAAAUUGAAAAGAUUAUCUGGAAACACGAAGAGCUUUUUGUCUAUGGAUCAUCCUUAGACAAGAUGACGUCAUCUUUGAUUGGCCAGUCAAUGCAAUGCCUGUGUCUUUUAACGGAUAGAUGCACGUACAUACAGUACAUAUACACACACGCACAAUCACUGUUCCCACACACCUUGUGAUUUUAACCUCUAAUACAGUACUGAUGCAUCUGAGACUCUGACAAAUCAGAUUAACAGUGCUUGCAAACUUAGCAUACCCUUACAAUAGUACACAGUAACACAGACUGAGUCAUGGAAACGUCAGAGACACGAACAUGCACUAACAGAAAGCUUGCAUGCAAAACGAAUACAGAGAAUCUAAAAUACAUCAACAACAGAGCCACUUAUGAAUAUGCAUACAGAAAAGAAACAACAGCUGCAGUUGCCUGAAGAUACAUCAUUAAUAUGGAAGGAGGUACCUUUAUAUAUGCGUUUCUUUUCAGAGUCAUGCAUUUCGCCUGUGUUUCACCCAGGUUUGUUAACUUGGGUAUGGCCUGGCUUUCAUCUGGGGUGGAGGGCACUAGAGACAUGCUGAAUUGAGCAUACUACAUAGUAGUGAGGACUUCAAAGUGAGUUGCCGGUGAAAAGCACGGUUUUACUAGCGUCACGGCGUGCUCGAAAGGAUCAGCACUAAGACUACAGCACCCAGCCUACAGCUUUCUUGCAUCCGCUAUUUGUUUUUUGUAAAUUAUUGAAUGAAACUAAUAUAAUACAUUUCUGUUGGCUUAUUGCAUUUGCACUUGAAGAGGUUAUAGGAAGAGAUUGAUGGGGAGCUUAUGGAGAUGCCUAGACUGUUCUAAAGAAGUAGGCUAACUGAAAUUUGCCCCCAUAUCUCCUUGUUCGAUUGGAGGAUUUGAGGUAAUGUGGACUUGGAUGGUCGGUCAUGCUGACGGCGACUGUUGCUCUACGGCAGGGGGGAGACGAGAGACAAAAUGUUGCACAGCGACAUUUACUAGUUUUGUUGCACUUUAGUUUUUGUAUAUUUUGUCUCUUCUCGCUCUGUUACUUUUUGCCAAAAGUAGGGAAGAAGUCUAUAAAUAGCUUCUAACGAUAAUGGUUGGUCGAUAACCCACCGGAAUAAGUUGCUUGGGGUAACACAUCGAUAGACCUAUCAGACACCCACACUGUAUGUUGUAGUUUAUGAAUGUGUGCUUGAUCAUAAGACCUGGGUAAAAACAUAAGGUAAGGAGACAGUAGAAUUGGAGUGGUCCCAAAAACCUAAAUAAUCAACUUCCAAGACAAUAAUUUUAAUGGCCAGCCUUCUGAAAAGCCUUGCUUUGAAUUGUUGUCUUAUAAUCGCAUGAUUCAAAAGCACAUCAUGUUUGUCAUAUGUUAUUGUUCUAUAUUAAGUGAAAAUAAGAUUGAUCUGGUUUUUAGAAUAGCGAAUAUCAAUGUCAACCGACGACAGCCUACACUAAGCCACGAUUCAAGACGCUGGCAGUUAUCAUAUUGGCUUGGGAUCUCAACAACGAAACAACAAGAUCACAUUUCCUCUGUCAAAUUCAAAUGCUUUAUUAUAUGUGCCAUUUUUUUAGACUGGGCCCGUUAUGUUGUGUUGAAUAUCUAUAUGAUCCUGUUGUAUGGUUAUUUUGGGGAGGCAUUGACAUGGUCCGGUUUCUUUAAUAAGGAGCACAGGGUUAUAAUUGCACUAGGUAAUGAGAAAACAAAAAUGUUUACAAGAGUAUUUUUUGGAGAAAUGUGACCUGCAUAGGAUAAUAAGGCAGGGCAGGGGGAUGUGGGUGAGUGGGUGUGUGGGACUAUGGGUAAAUGUGAACUGUAGAACUGCUUCACCUAUCCUUGGUAGAGUACGGGAACAGUACUGUACAGUAAAAUACAGUAUCUUGGUACCACAAGAUAACUAUUUUCUAGCACCUUGUACAGUGUUGUAUGUACUCAUUUAAAAGUGGGCCAGAGAAUGGAAUAACAUGACACUUCUUUGAAAACAAAGGUGGGGUAUCUGACUUUCCCUCUGAAGGCCACUAGAGCUGCUGUGUGAUUUCAAUAAAGUAGCACUGUGAAAGUCUUCCAUUGUGGAAAAUCUCCAAAUAUACAGUCAAACUAGCAAUGUUUGUACUGUAGGCCUAUAUACUUAUUCUAUCCACAUCCCGACAAGAAACCAAUUAUCUUCCUGGUUCUCAAUCUCUAUUCAUCUAUAAGUAAACCUGCUUGUUGCAAAUCACUAAUACGAUAGGAAAGAUAGACUGUAAACCAAACCUGUAAUAUAGAGGUAAUAACUGCAAAUCGACUCCUUUGGUCAAUUUGCAUGUGCAACCACUACUGGCUCUAAGGGGAAGUGAAAUGGCUUUCCAGUAAAAUACUGUCAUUUAGGGAGGUGAGUUUUCCUGUUCUGAAGAAGGGGCGGGGAUCAGUGCCUUAAUUGAGACUGCAGGGGGAGAGAGUGUUGUGCUUAGUCACCAUCUGUUUGCAUUGGGACCUCAACAAAUACAGAAACUAGCUUUAGAGUCCUAAUGACAUAAUGGAGAGUUUUAUGUACAGUUCUGAAUGCUAAGGUAAAAAUGAUGCUGACGGGAAAUAGGCUCUGUUUUCUCAGAACACAUUGGCAGGUGAGGUUAGGAUGGAGGUGUCUUGCUUUUUCUUGGAAAAUAACCCCUACAGCUUUAAGAACUGUGUUCUUGUAAGCAAAUAAUAAUAAUGACUUUGGACUUAAGCCCCGAACCAUUUGCCUUCCUAAAUCUCAGCAAAACAUGUGUAAACUCGAGGAAAACAAUACUGUGACAUUUUGCAUGGAACUGCUUGUAUAGGUCUAGAGAAUCUGACAGACUACAAUAGUGACAUAUUAUCACAUAUAUUAGAAACCUUUGUUAGUUUCAUGCUACUGGAUUGUAAUAACAACCAGGUUUACUCCAUGACUUGUCAGUAGUGGUCUAUACUGCUUGAGUGGCAGGUUAUUUAGUUAUUGGUGUCACUUUGUUAUUUCAAAACCAUCUGGAUAACAUGUGAACUUGAUCAAUCUGCAAGAUAUAUAUAUAUAUAUAUAGAUAUAUCACACACUCAAACAGUUAUCACCAUAAAUGUCCACAAAGAGUGGAAAAGCUUCAGAUGACCCAUGGAGUAGGCUACAGUAGUACAGACUUUCACCCAUAGGAGCCCUUAUGUACAUUCUCUUUGUUUAUUUACCUUUUUUAAUGCUUCAACUUGUUUAUAUCUGAUCCGCUUCCUGCCUGCCUUUCUGCAUCUUCUGUACCUGAUUCUGUCCAAGCCCCCCAAAAAACACCCUCACAAACUGUACUCUUAGCUCUCGCCCUAACGUCUUUUUGUGGGGGUGAAGUUGGAAAUGAAAUGAUGUUGCACUAGAAAACUGAGUGAAGCUCAGAGAAUGUCGUGGCUAACCGAAAGAGAAUGAGCUCUUUUUUGUGGUGGCUGAGGAAAUAAAGUUCUGUCCCAUAUGUAACAUAAUACAAUGCUAUAAUUUACAAUGUUUACGUUAGUGCAGCACUUUGCUAUUUCUUCAAAUAGAGGCCUAUUGACUACCAGAAAUCAGCGAUAACCUGACAUCGCAUUUUGGUCUAGCUUGUCCAACAAAACCUAUGAAUUCAAUAAGUAGGAUAGAAUAUGGGAUUGUGCUGGGUGGGUGUGUAAAUCCACCAUUUUGGCAAUGCAAUGUGAACAGUCUGCACACAGUAAUCUGAGCUGUUAAGUGUUCCCCAUAACCAACUGCUUUGUGUGGCAUAUGGUUACCCAAUUCCUACAGUACACACUUCUACACAGCUCUAACUCAGUACCCCUGGUUUGGCUUUUAGUCCUGAAAGGAGAGGUUCUAAAAUACAGUAACUACAAGUCCUUUCAUAUGGAUUUUCGACAUGUUGAAAUAGGGUCAGCCUCAGUAGCAACAGGCUUUUUGUUAAAUGUCUGUAAUGCAUGCUGAUACCCAGACACCCAUUAUUCCUACCUUAUUGAAGUCUAUGAUCUUGACACAUUUUACUUCUAAAUUAUAUCAAGCUCUUUACUAUGGUCGCUUCUGACAAAGCAGACGGCCAUGAAUGAGUGUCCAUUUUGUCUACCAAUACAAAACCUAUUGACUGUUAGCAUAAACCCACCCAGCUUACUACAGUAAAGUCUGAGGAAUUGGAAGACUGACUAUUGCAAUGGAUGUGCAUGUGAACCUAUGGACAGAAUAAGAAAAUAACUGCACUAAGUUUGUUUGUUUGUCUUUGGACAUAAUGCCAUUAAAAUAAAGAAUAAAUACAUUUAAUUAAAAAAAUAUAAGAGAGAAGGUUGGACGACAGACUUAAGUCUCUGGGAGCAACCUUCAAAGCCAUGUGCUCAGAGCGCUGACAAUCAGAACAGGGAGGACCCACGUGCACUAUGGGAGAUCUGUCGUCAAUAGCUGGGCUCCUGCUAAUUCCUGCCUUGUUGCUUCCAGCUUUGCUAUUGGUCCAUGUGAGCUACUUACUCCAGAGUGGAGGCCCGUGGCAGUUCCAACUCCAGCCCUCAGGAUUACCUGGGCCACUGUUUCCCAACUCCGGUCCUCGAGUAGCCCUAACAGCACACUGUUUUGUUUUAGUCCCGGACAAAACACCUGAUUCAACUUCUCAAAGGUUUGAUGAUAAGUUGACAAGUAGAAUCAGGUGUGAUUGUCUAGGGCCACAACAAAAAGAUGUACUGUUAGGGGUACUCGAGGACCGGAGUUGGGAAACACUGGCUUAAGGCAACUUAUUGGUUCUCAGUGCACCUCUCUCAGCUACUGUAGAUUUGAUUGAGAACCUGAUUGUUUUUAGAUAGAAGUUCCACUUAAGUACUGAUCCAGGACCUGCUGUGUUUUUACUCCUAAAUGUCAUGUUCAGGAUGAGGGUAGCUUAAGCUGAUCCUAGAGCAGCGCUUUGGGGUAACUUAGCCUACUUGACAAAUCUAUAGGACAAGUGACUUGACAUUUGUCGAUCUCUUAGAGAUUGGGUUCCUUAGGGUUGGAACCUGGCAAAAUGGUUUUAAUGGAACUCUGUGACUGCUUUAUAUUUUAAAUGACGAUGAUUAAAAUGUGUAUGCGCUUUCUAACUCAAGCAUCAAUAAUAUAUACAAGACAAACACAAGAUGACACUUUUGAUGUUGCAUAAAGAAUACAAAAUCUCCAUCCUCGUUAUGUUUUUUCCUUCCACCAUCAGUUUUAGUUGAGGUUGACAUUUGUGUAGUUCAAGAGUAACUGAUUUCUUUCAAAUGCAACAUUGAGAAGUCUGCUUUUUAAUAAAACUCCUUACUUCACCAUA